AUGCCGGACGGAGGCCUUCGAGAACGAAAUGUUGGAUCCGUGAACAAUGUGGAGAGUGACUCUAGCACACCCCGCGAACUGGAUACACCCCCGGUUGAGAAUGAACCAGAGAAGGGGAAGAAGAAGAAGACGUUUGGCAGAACGCCGGAUGGCACCAUAUUCAUGGUCCCCGUAACCCACGACAUGGUCUCUCAGCUUCUCGACCCUCGACAUCCAAAGAACUUGGCCGAUGCCAUAGUGAUAGCAAUUCUUGCCCUCCACGUGCUGGGCAUCUACCUCCUGCCAUCCUCCCUCAAACAACCGGUAUUCGCCAUUGUCUUUCUCUUCUGGCGAUGCUGUUACAAUGUCGGGAUCGGAUACCUGCUCCACAUACAAUCACAUCAUCGACGACUGGUCGCAUGGGCCAAGAAAUGGAAUCUCUUCGAAAACCCCAACACUGGCAAGAACCCCAGACCCUGGCUGUAUAAACACCUCAAGCAUGAAUUGGAGACAAAAAUCCCCAAGGACUAUAAAUUCGAGGAGGCUCCAAUCGAGUACAACACAUGGCUUGUCUUUCGAAGGGUGGUGGACCUCAUCUUGAUGUGUGAUUUCACAUCAUAUUGCUUGUUUGCCAUCGCGUGUACAAACCGUCCUACAGGCGAAGGCCUCGCGAUGUCUGUGCUUCGUUGGGCAGCAGGCUGGGGUCUCGUAGGCUUCAAUCUUUGGGUGAAGUUGGAUGCCCACCGAGUAGUAAAGGAUUAUGCUUGGUACUGGGGAGAUUUCUUCUACCUGAUCGACCAAGAACUUACUUUCGAUGGGGUCUUCGAAAUGGCUCCCCACCCCAUGUAUUCUGUCGGCUAUGUGGGAUACUACGGUAUCUCGUUGAUGGCCGCAAGCUAUUCUGUCUUAUUCAUCUCCAUUAUUGCCCAUGCUGCCCAGUUUAUCUUCCUGGUCUGCGUGGAGAAUCCCCAUAUCGACAGGACGUACAACCCCCCACCACCGAGGAAGCGAGAAGACAAUCCAACACAUAGCGAUAUCGAACAUGCAAACAUUACUGCAGCACGUAAAGAAGGUAUCGAGUACGCAGAACAAAUCGAUGGGAUGAUAUACUCUCCAACUAUCUCCAAGCAACCAUCGGCUGUUCAUAAUUUGAUGGGUUUCGGUAAUUUCGAUUUUUUCCGAAUUACUGAUGUUGCUGUCCUGCUUCUGCAAGCUUAUAUGUUCCUCAUUACCGCCUUCACCCCGUCAACACCUACGUUCCAAUUCUUCUUCGUCUUGAAUGCAUUGGUAUGGCGUUUAUGGUAUUCGGUUGGCCUGGGCAUUAUCUUAGACAGGCAGUCGAACCAGAAGAUGUGGACCCGUCAUUUUGUCAAGUUUGGCGAUAGCACCGAAGAGGCAUGGAGACAAUGGAAAGGGAUGUAUCACCUGAGUUUGACCAUGUGUCACGCAAGCUUCAUCGCCGCUACCUGGAAGAUGUACUCUGUGCCAUCCGAUUGGGGAUACGGACUCGUGCUCUUGAAACAUGUUAUUGGUGCCAGUCUUGUAGCACUUCAGGUUUGGACAGCAGUCAGCAUUUACGAGUCACUCGGGGAAUUCGGAUGGUUCUUCGGCGACUUUUUCUUCGACCAUUCCCCAAAACUGACGUAUAGCGGUAUCUACCGUUACCUCAACAAUCCGGAACGCAUCAUUGGACUGGCUGGCAUUUGGGGAGCUGUCUUCAUAACCGGAAGCAAGGCGAUCUUCUGCUUGGCUCUCCUGAGUCACAUAUUGACCCUCGCGUUUAUCGAGUUUGUGGAGAAGCCACACAUGCAGAAGUUGUACGGUGGUCACCUCAGGCAGGAAGCCGGACUUUCCAAGAGCAUCAGGAGAUCACUGCCUCCUCCUUUGAAGAAGUUCCAAGGAAAUGUUGACAAGGUUCUGGGCGAGACGGGCCAUUUCGUCGAGGAAUUCCUCGAAACUGCUCGACCCAAACUUGCAGCUGGCGUCUCAACUGUUGUACGGGAUACCACUGCUCUCUUCAAACAAUAUCCGGCUCGAAUCACCUUGACACGUCUCGCUCCCGACCUGGCCGGCAUUGAUCCACGGGAUUACUCCGUCUCCAUUGAGGGUACGCCUUCCUCGGCUACGGCUGCCAGUGGAGGUGCUGUUAAGGAAAGCCAAACAAACGACUCCUACAGACGAUUGGUGUUUGAAUAUGGCGCACCUAUUAAGGUUAAAUGGACAGCACCCGUAAACCACAGCAAAUCAGACUGGGUAGGUCUGUACAUGGUUGCCGACAACGCUUCUCGUGAAGUAACUCGCGUUUCAUCCGCUGGACGUUGGGUGCCCACAGUUCCAAAUGAGUAUGAAUCUUCUCCCUCAGAAAAAAGUAUUCUGGUUUCCGACCGACUCGUGUCGGGUGCUAAGCGCGAAGAUGGCUCUACGUAUGACUAUGUCGAAGGAGAGAUGAUCUUCGAAGGUGAUAAGCUCUGGUGGACUCAGGGAGUCUUCGAAUUCCGAUACCACCACGACGGCAAGCACAACGUGAUGGCAAUCUCUCUUCCAUUUGAGAUCCGCGUCGCCCGAUUCGACGAAGAUGACGUAGAAGUCGAUUCCAACGGACUGAUCCGCACUGCAGUCGAAAAGGCCUUACUACCUGUUGUUAGGAACUGCUUCGACCGUGACCCGGAUAUUGCGCCAAAUACCGUGGAAGAGAGCUUUGGUAGCCUCGUCGAGAGGGAUCCCAAGUAUGCGAAGAGGGUCAUCUUUGCGGUCCACCAGAUGUUCGGUAUCGAGUUCGCACCCGGUGUGGUGCUUGCCGAUGGCAACGUGAGGAACUUGGCUUGGAGGAUUUGCAAUGCUAAGCAGGUUUUGGUACGAUAA